UGACAACAUUAAAUGAGGCAUGAGGAGAUGAGGAGGACCUUCAAUGGCUCAGAGUACUCACGGUCCUUCAGAGGGCGACCACCAAAAAGAGUAACAGACGGGCAAAGGCAGGCAGCGGCAAGACCGCCAUCCUUUACGUCCAAGUGUCUUCUCGGUGGGGGUCUGCUCCUUUGUCUGCUCUACGGCGGCCAUCACGCUCAUGUUCUGCCUAGACCAGACGCUGCCGAGAAAAGCCCUCAAGAUGCGCCGGCCCUGAACAUAGAGGAUUCGCCCCGAAGCGAGAACCGCUGUUGGAUCUUCAACCACCUACAGAAAGCCGGAGGAACGACGGUAAAACGUCUCCUGUUUGACUCGUGGGGUUCGGAAAGUACGACCUACGACUCGUACCAGUGGAAGAAAGGGCAAGGCUACGCGGAAUCGGUGGCCGCAAGCUUAGCCUCGCCUGCCGGGUGGAGCGCGGCUGCCGGCGGCUAUCUCGAAGCCUUGCGCAGAACGCCGGCCUUCCAACCUGACGACGAACGCACACCAUGCCGUUGGUUCACUGUGUUUCGGCACCCCGUGUCCCGCUUGGUUAGCGCGUAUUACUACUGCAGGGAAGACCCGAGUGACCAGCUGUGCGCGUCGGAGUUCGUGUCCAGCCGAAACGUCGACCUGGUGACGUUCGCAAGACAUUGGGGCAACUUCGCGCUCCGCCAGUUCGCCCUGGGAUUCGUCUCUCAUGACAAAGUGAAGGAUUUCCUUGUUUCGCCCAAUGGCGGGGGCGCUAUGGGGUUGACGGCAGAGCAAGUAGAACUGAUGCCGGGGUGGUACAUGCUGAAGCUGUUUCUGAACGAUCGGUCGGGGGUGGCAGACGACACUUCUCCUGAAGGAACCAGGUUGGAGUACAUGUUUAGGCCCGUGGUAGAUUUGCUUCGGGAUAACUAUGCGGUCGUCGGGAUCCUAGAAGACUGGAACGCCACGCUGUCCCUCUUCGACUCAGCUUUGGACAUGCCUGGGAUGACCUGGCGCGAGGAGUUCGAGCGUUCCGGGAAGCUAAACGUAGACACGCGGUUCAAGGGAGAGAAGCAAGACGUGCUUCAACAGGCACUCUCGGAUCCGGAAAUCGUGAAACACCUGUCGCUCGACCUUCGCCUGUAUGGGCAGGCUGUCGAUAUUUUCAAUCAGCAGAGGCAUUCAUAUGGUAUCGCACAACAUGGGGGCCUGGACAAUGUCCAUCGCCUGUAG